GUGGGAGUGAUGCUUGAUGUGGGAACCUCCCUCUACAUUCCCAUGUAACUCAUCCCAUGCUGGGCUCAGAGUGACCAUGAUGAUCUUGCAACGGUGGGACCUGCUGCUGGCACUGGAAUGCAUCUUUUUAGGUGUCUUCAGCCAGGCUCCCAGUCAGAAAAGGCAGUGUUCCUUCCAGGUGAAGCCGAAAGACAGCAGUUAUUUAGCGGAGGGAAACGUCAGCAACUCGGUUCAGGUGUGUGAGCGCACAUACUGCUGCGUGGGCUAUUUCUUCAUUGGCCCAGGCCCGCCACAGGUUGAUGUGCUCGCUUGUAAUAAAUUGGAGCAAUCUUGCCCGGAUGCAACUUGCAAGCUGCAAACCCGUGUGAACCGGAUAGCAAAGUGUGUGUGCAACACAGACCUCUGCAACAGCAAUAUUACCUGGACUGGUGUCAGCAACAAAAUCUGGACUGGUGUGAUACAAGAGCACGGGUCCACUGGCAUUGUGGGUAUGACUGUUUUACCUCUUCUUAACAUGUCAACAUACGGCAGUGGUUCUCAACCCUUUUUCAGUGAUGUACCCCCUGUGAACAUUUUUUUACUUCAAGUACCUCCUAAUCAGAGCAAAGUGCUUGCUCUUGUGGGGUUCAAAGCAACAUGGAUCCUAAUUGUUGUCCUGAGUUUGGCGCUUCUGUGCCUUGUGGUUGUUGCUCUUCGAUGGAAACAUCUCUCAAAAAAGAAAAUUUGUUCCACCCCAACAACACCGGCCCCACAGAUAGAUGUCACUCAUAUACAACUACAGCAGAUCGUUGCCCGCGGGCAUUUUGCCACUGUUUGGCGGGGAACACACAGAGGCUCUGCGGUGGCGGUUAAAGUUAUCCCCGCCGCCAUGAAACACGCGUUCACCUCAGAGGAAGGGAUUUACAAACUUCCGCUGAUGAAGCACGCCAACAUUAUCCACUUCCUGGACUCUGGGAGACGGUCCCAUGACGGCAGCUGGCUCAUUGUCCUGCAGUUUGCGGAAUAUGGCUCUUUGCACUCUUUUCUGUGCAAGAACACCACCAGCUGGCCGUUGUCACUUAAGUUGUGCCACUCUUUAUCGCAGGGACUCUCCUAUCUCCAUUCGGACCUUCGUACACCAGAAGGGCACAAACCUCCCGUGGCCCACAGAGACCUGAGUAGUCUGAAUGUGCUGGUGCGAGCAGAUACUACUUGCGCCCUGUGUAAUUUCCGCAGCGCCACCAUCCUGUGCUCAAAUUCGGCACGCUGCCAACCAACAAGCCCAUUGUGUCACGCUCAGGUGGGAACACCGCACUACAAAUCCCCUGAGAUUCUGGAGGGUUCUGUUAAUCUUCUCAGCAACUGGUGCUUGCAAGCUGACAUCUAUGCUGCGGGUUUGCUGCUGUGGGAAAUCUGGAUGCGCUGCUUGGAAUUAUUUGAAGGCGACGCAGCUCCACAACACCUCCUGCCUUACGAACAAGAGCUAGGAGCCAGAUUGACCUGGGAGAGUCUCACCGUUCACGUGGCUCACAUGGAAAGAAGACCUUCCGUACCCGAGCAUUGGCAAAUGCUAAGACAGGGGUCGGUGCUGCAGGAUCUACUCCGAGAAUGCUGGGACUGUGACCCAGAUGCCCGGCUGACCGCACAGUGUGUUGCGGACAGAUUAGUAUCUCUUGACUCUCAUUUGUCUUUAUAACAACUGAUAUUCACUUUGUCUUCUCAUCCUCUACAUCAGUGUUUUUCAACCACUGUACCGUGAGAUACAGUCUGGUGUGCCGUGGGAGAAUAUGUAAUUUCACCUGUUUGAGUUAAGAAUAUUUUUUGCAAACCAGUAAUAAUAAUCUGAAAAUGUGUCGUUGUUGAGUGUCGGUGCUGUCUAGAGAUCGGCAGUGUAACCAUGUUGUACUCUUCCAUAUCAGUAGGUGGCAGCAAGUAGCUAAUUGCUUUGUAGAUGUCGGGAACAUGGUUUGUCGUGAUCACAAUAUGCAGACAACAACGUGCGGGUAAAAACGUAUCUAAUGCUUAAACAAAAAGCGAGUGCCGCUCAGAAAAGGCAUUGAAGCUUAGGGAAGGCUAUGCAAAACAAAACUAUAACUGAACCGGUUGCAAAGUAAACAAAAACAGAAUGCUGGACGACUGCAAAGACUUACAGCGUGUGGAGCAGACGGCUUCCACAAAGUACAUCCAAACAUGACAUGACAAUCAAUGUCUACACAAAGGAAGAUAGUGACAACUUAAAGAGCCUUGAUUGAUAAAACAAAACAGAUGCGGGGAAUAGCACUCAAAGAAGACAUGAAACUUCUUCAGGAAAAUACCAAAAAAAGAGAAAAAGCCACCAAAAUAGGAGCGCAAGACAAUAGCUAAAACACUACACACAGGAAAACACCCAAAAAGUCUAAAUAAGUCACGGCGUAAUGUGACAGACGGGUGGGACAGUACACCUACUUCGAGACAAGAGCUUUAUUGAUGCAUGCUUGUUUAUGGUUUGAAUUCUUAUCCAACACUUGCGAGAACAACUUUAUACUGUCAAUAUCAGCUCCUGAGUUUAAUUUUUUUAAUGUUUUCUGCUGGUGGUGUGCCUCCAGAUUUUUUCAAUUAAAAAAUGUGCCGUGGUUUAAAAAAAGGUUGAAAAACACGCACUACAUAUCCAUAGUGAGUCUUAAAGCACCCAUAGCCUCCAGAUGACAAAAAUGUUAUAAUGGAGUUGUCUUCAUGUAUUUUUUGAUCCUGAAAAUUAAUCCGACAUUCAUUUCCCAUGAUAUCAAUUAGUUUUUUAAUAAUGAACAGAUAGCUGUGGUUGGAAUGUUCCAUCGCCAGACUAGAUAUGUCGCCUACAGACGUGGUGCCCAUUUCCCCACAUAGUGUGGACAAAGGCAUGUAAAACAAUUAUUUUGAUCACUUCAUUGCAUAUUUUGGUCACCCUGUUCCACGAUUACUUCAAAACUGAUAUGGUUAACAUAAUGAGCAAAAAAGAAAUAUAAAACAAUUGUCAUUUCUGGCCUUCCCUGCUUUUCAAUUUUUUUUUCCAUAGACCCUAUAGCCCAUGGGUGCCCAUUACAUCAAUUGUGAGCUACCGGUCGACGGUGGAGGGUCUGUCAGUCGAUCACCAGCCAGGCAUUAAAAAAAUAGACCUAAAAAUGAUCGCUCAUCAAUUUCCACCAAGACGUCACUUUCGUCACUUC